AUCUUUUCCGACGUGCAAAUUCGCGAGUGGGUUUUCUUGCAUGGAUGUGAGUUUAAAUUUUCCUUUGUGGAAUUAUGCCUGCACCGAUGAGGACGUCUAUUGUUUCAUGUCUGGUGCUUUUGCUGCUGGAGUAUUGCUGGGAAGCGGAGUCUGGGCAGCUGUCGUAUUCCGUGUUUGAGGAGGUGAAUCCGGGGACUUCUGUAGGAAAUAUCGCCAAGGAUUUAAACCUAAGCCUUCAGGAUCUGGAAUCUCGUAUGUUUCAGAUUGUUACUGGAUCAAAAAGGAAAUAUUUCGAGGUAAACGUAAAGACUGGUGUUCUCUACGUCAAUGAAAGAAUAGACAGAGAGGAGCUCUGUGCGAAGGAACCAAAAUGCACAGUCAGUGUAGAAGCUGUGAUAAACAACCCUUUGAAGCUGUAUCGUUUAGAAAUAAAUAUACUAGAUGUUAACGACAACGACCCGUUAUUCACGGAAAAGUCUCAAACUAUAGACAUAGCAGAGAAUACUCAGCCUGGAAUUAAAUUCGCUUUGUCGGAAGCUAUCGAUGCAGAUGUAGGUAAGAAUACAGUUAAUGCAUUUAAAUUAACACCAAAUGAAUAUUUUUCUCUCGCUACAAUAAAAGGAGGAGAAAGUGUGUCUGCUGAGUUAGUUUUGCAGAAAACGCUGGACAGAGAAAAACAGUCUGUGAUACACCUCAUUGUGACUGCUAUAGAUGGAGGGACUCCAUCAAGAUCUGGCACGUCAGAGGUCAUUAUUCACGUUUUAGAUAUAAAUGAUAACACUCCGGUGUUUAGUAGCCCCUUGUACAAAACCAGCAUAAUCGAAAACACGCCUAUCGGGACAACUGUGAUUACACUAAAUGCAACCGACGCAGACGAGGGGACAAACGGCGAGAUAGUGUAUUCUUUGAGGAGCAAAGGGCAGGCUCGUAUAUUAGAGAUUUUUAAAAUUGAUCCCAUAACGGGCGCAAUAAGUAUUAAAGGUAAUGUCGAUUAUGAGGAAAAUAAAGCAUUUGAGAUCCGCGCAGAAGCAAACGAUAAAGCCCAGCCACCGAUGUCUGCUCACUGUAAAGUGCUGGUCGAAGUAAUUGAUGUUAAUGAUCAUGCCCCUGAAAUCACUGUGACGUCAUUGCUAAAUACAGUGAAAGAGGACGCCGAUGUUGGUACAGCUAUCGCACUUGUGUCAUUUGUCGACAACGAUGGUGGCAAAAACGGUGAAGUAAAAUGUAAAAUAUUGAAUAAGGUUCCCUUUAAACUAGAGACAAAUUACAAAAACUAUUAUUCUCUAGUUGUUAACGGGGCCCUUGACAGAGAAAUUACCUCCCUCUACAACGUAACAAUUUCGGCAACCGAUGAAGGAAGUCCUCCUCUCUCCAACACCAGUGUUGUUACUGUUCACGUUUCUGAUGUUAACGACAACCCGCCUCGUUUCACGGAACCAGCUCUUGAUAUUUACGUGAAAGAAAACAGCAAAGUUGGUGUAGUUAUUAAAACGGUAUCUGCAUCUGAUGCUGACACUGACAAGAAUGGCCAGGUUAGAUAUUCAAUUUUAGACGGUAAAAGUAACUCGGUGUCCUUAUCUGCAAUGGUAAAUAUCAACUCGGAGACCGGAGAUAUAGUCAGCCUGCAGUCAUUUAACUAUGAGGAGAUAAAAACGUUUCACUUUAAAGUUCAGGCCACAGACUCUGGUGUUCCUCCACUCAGCAGCAACGUGACUGUCAAUGUUUUAAUUCUGGAUGAAAAUGACAAUAAUCCAACAAUUCUCGCGCCCUAUUCUGAGCACGGCUCCGUUAACAGUGAGAGCAUCCCCUAUUCUGCUGAAGCGGGAUACUUUGUGGCAAAGAUCAGGGCUGUAGACGCAGACUCUGGAUACAACGCGCUGCUCUCUUAUCACCUCUCUGAGCCCAAAGGAAACAACCUCUUCCGGAUCGGAACCAGCACCGGA